GCGAGGCAAGGAGGGCGUGAGAAAGGAGGCGGCGGCGGCGCGGAGGAGGGUUAUCUAUACAUUUAAAACCAAACCGCCUGCGCCGCGCUGGGGAGACCUGGGGAGCGUCCGGCCGCACGCGCGGGACACGAGCGCCCCACGCUCCCAGGCGCGCACGGCCUGCCACCUCUUGGCCCCCUGCGCCCCGCUCUCCUUGGGCCCCAGACGACCCGGGACGCGUACCUUGGCGAAUCGCUCCGCGGCACAACGCCCGGGGCCCUCUCGGGGUUGUAUCGGCCUCCCACCGACUCCCGUUCCUCUGUCCGCCCCACCUGCUGCGCGCGGGGACUCGGAGGAAUCGCGCGGCGAGUGGAUGCGGGCGCGAUGGACAGCGGCGCACUGCUCCGGCCCGCGCCCCCCGUGCCUGGUGUCUCCGGCGGCUGCGCCGCUCGGCGGCGACCCACAUCCCCACCACUGCUGCGCUGCAGCCGGCGGCGACGGCCCGGCGCAUCGGAGACCGGGGGCGGCGCGGCGGCCGUGGCGCGGCGCAAUGAGCGCGAGCGCAACCGCGUGAAGCUGGUGAACUUGGGGUUCCAGGCGCUGCGGCAGCACGUGCCGCACGGCGGCGCCAGCAAGAAGCUGAGUAAGGUGGAGACACUGCGCUCAGCCGUGGAGUACAUCCGCGCGUUGCAACGCCUGCUGGCGGAGCACGAUGCCGUGCGCGCCGCGCUGGCCGAGGGGGUGCUGGCACCAACAGCCGCGCGGCCCCCCGCAUCCAGCGGGCCUCCCGGGACCCCCGCCGCCGCCGCCGCCUCGCCUUCCUGCGCCUCGUCGUCCCCGGGCCGCGGGGGCAGCUCGGAGCCCGGUUCGCCACGCUCCGCCUACUCCUUGGACGACAGCGGCUGCGAGGGCGCGCUUAGCCCCGUGGAGCGCGAGCUGCUCGACUUCUCCAGCUGGUUAGGGGGCUACUGAGCGCCCUGUCCCCGAGCAGCCGAAGCCCUGGACACCGAGCGGCCAGCGCGCUCAUCACCUAGGAGCAAAGUGGGCCGCCCGCGCCUCGGGCCCACCGUCCCGGCGGGCGAAGCCACCACCGAGCCUGGUCUCUGCGGACGGUCCCCCGUGCGGUCCAGCCUGACCAAGUGCCGCUGGGGAAACGGUCCCCGGCCUGAACCUGCCCCGCUGGCAGCGGCUUCCUCAGACCCAGACCACCCCUUCCCCCAGAGGUUCUCCACCCGGAUGGGGCCAGGGCACCAACAUCGAGAGUUUUGAACGGGAGAGGAUUUUAUAAAGGACACAGAACAUCGAUCUUUUACACAUUCAUUUGAACUGCCCAGGGAUACCGGUAAUAUGAAGACUUAUUUUUGUAUAAAAAAUUCCUUAGACUCUGAACAUAAUAAAGAUUGUCUACCCCA